GAUCGCCAGAGCUCUCCCUUUCUCCUCGAGAACUCGGUCCUGAUCGUUUCCAGCAUGACGGAGUAUUGGGUUAGUCAAGGAAAAAAAUGGUGUGAUUUCUGCAAGUUCUAUAUUGCAAACAACCCUUUGAACAUCAGAACUCAUGAACUUGGUCAGCGCCACAAGGACAAUGUUGCUAAGAGGCUUGCUACUAUGAGAAAGGAGAGCGCUGCCAGGGAGAAGGAACAAAAAGAAGCAGCACGUGCCCUAAAGGAAAUAGAAGCAAAAGCAAAAAAGAGCUACCAGAAUGAUUUGGCUUCUUUCCAGAGAGUUGAUACUAGCGAUGGACUACAAUCUAAUAAGACAAUUACAGAUGAAGCCCAGUGUUCAGCUGCAACUAGAAAUGAAGCUGGAGCUCCAGGGUUGGUUAUCUCAACACCUUUGAACCCCAUGAGAGCUGUUAAGCGUGCACAAUCUUCAGCGACUGUUAAAAGGAGAAAAAGGGAUGAUGAAAAAGCGAAGAUGAUAUCUAAGGAGGAAGCGGAGGCUCUGAAGGCAAUGGAGGCUGCAAGGAAAAGAAUGGAAGAAAGUCAUACUGAAUUUUCUUUUGUGAAGCAAAACCACUUCAUUUAUUGUAUUGAAUGGUAUGUAACCUUGUGCUUGUUUGACUGGGCAUCAAAUGAGAACCACUUCACAGUACAAUCCAUGCCAUGUUAUUUGUUCCUGUCUUGUUCUUAUCAGUCACAUGAAGCUGGCAGUCCAAGAAUUCUGCAUCUCACCACAAUCCGCGGUGCCGCAUUCUAAAUCGCGUUCAUAUGUUCGGACUUUGUUCAAAGCCAGCAUGACGUUGCUACUGUUCCAACCGCUCUCUCUGUCCCCGAGGGAGGUCGUCAAAGAAAUCCGCUGAGCAUUUCAUCAUACAGCUUGCAGGCAGGCACCCCGAAAGAUAACCCUAUCACCC